AUGAUAUACGAAUUUACAUUUAAGAAUGAUCUUCGUGUUGGUGACAAAUAUCGCAUUGUCCGAAAGAUCGGCUCGGGUUCGUUUGGUGAAAUAUACCUAGGCCGAAAUAUCAUAUCAGGAGAAGAAAUUGCAGUCAAACUUGAACCUGUUAAUGCCAAAUAUCCACAGCUUCAGUACGAAGCUCGUAUCUACAAGUAUUUGGCUGGUGGUCUCGGCAUCCCACGCGUCCGCUGGUUCGGUGUUGAGGGCGGAUACAAUGCUAUGGUGCUGGAUCUUGUCGGCCCCAGCUUGGAGGAUCUCUUCAACUACUGCAACCGAAAGUUUUCAUUGAAGACUAUCCUUCUUCUCGCCGAUCAGCUCAUCUCUCGAAUCGAGCACAUCCAUGCCAGGUCUUUCCUCCACCGCGACAUCAAGCCCGAUAACUUUCUCAUGGGCAUCGGCAAGUGUGGCGACCAAGUCCACAUUAUUGAUUUUGGACUUUCCAAGAGGUACCGGGACCCCCAGAGUGGUUUCCAUAUCCCUUACCGAGAAAACAAGGACUUGACUGGUACCGCGCGGUAUGCUUCUAUCAACUCUCACUUGGGUAUCGAGCAAUCUCGUCGUGACGAUUUAGAAGCUCUCGGUUAUGUCCUACUCUACUUCUACCGCGGUUAUCUUCCCUGGCAAGGUCUACAUGCUAAUACCAAGAAGCAAAAAUAUGACCGUAUCAUGGAGAAGAAGAUGGCCACCCCAACUGAGGUUCUAUGCCGCGAACUUCCCAAUGAGUUUACAACGUACCUGAAAUACACCCGCUCUUUGUGUUUCGACGAGAAACCCGACUAUUGCUACCUUCGUAGGAUAUUUCGCGAUGUCUUUGUUCGCGAAGGAUUUCAGUACGAUUCCGUGUUCGAUUGGACAAUUUACAACUAUGAGAAGAUGGUCCAGGCGUAA